AUGGCGACCAUUAGAGUACCAAACGAAGUUCCUUCUCCAGCUCAAGAUUCCGAAACUAUCAAUCACGCUUUUCGCGGUUGGGGAACAGAUGAGAAGGCGAUUAUACGUGUUUUAGGUCAAAGAAAUGAGAUUCAGAGAAAGAGAAUCAGAGAAAGUUACAGAGAGAUUUACAAAAAAGAUCUUAUCGAUGCUCUUACCUCUGAAUUGUCUGGUGAUUUCAUGAAAGCUGUGAUUUUGUGGACUUAUGAUCCAGCAGAGAGAGACGCAAGGCUUGUGAACAAAGCUUUGAAAGAGAAAAAGAAACGUAUAGAGAAUUNGAAAGCUAUCGUAGAGAUCUCUGUCACAACUUCUCCAGACCAUUUGAUUGCUGUGAGGAAAGCUUAUUGUUCUCUCUUUCACUCAUCUCUUGAAGAACACAUUGCUUCCUCAGUGCCAUUUCCUCUCGCAAAGUUACUGGUGACUUUGGCAAGUUCAUUCAGAUAUGACAAAGAGAAAGUCGAUGCAGAAGUAGCUUCUAUCGAGGCGGAUAUGUUACGCGAAGCGAUAACAAAGAAGCAAUUAGAUCAUGAUCAUGUCUUGUACAUAUUAGGAACUCGUAGUAUCUACCAGCUCAGAGCAACUUUUGCUGCUUACAAGCAGAGUUAUGGGAACACAAUAGAUAAGGAUGUUGAUGAAUGUCCGGGAGACGGUGAUCUGAGAAGUCUAUUACAGAUGGUAAUCUUGUGCAUUGAUUUCCCUGAGAAACACUUUGCAAAGGUCGUAAGAGAUUCGAUUGAAGGGUUUGGAACAGAUGAGGAUUCGUUGACGAGAGCGAUUGUGACUCGCGCAGAGAUCGAUUUGAUGAAAGUAAGAGGAGAGUUUUACAAUAUGUACAAUUCAAGCAUGGAUAAUGCUAUUAUUGGUGAUGUUUCCGGAGACUACAAGGACUUCCUCAUUACCUUACUUGGUUCCAAAAUCUGA